CCUCUCUCACUUCCGCUAAAGAUUGCAUUUUUGACAUGGAAACUUUGUAUGUUCGCCCGUCUCCUCUACCUUCUGGCUUCUGCUCUUGAUGCAGACUCGUUUGAACUUCGAAGUAAUGCGUCUACAUUUCUAGCUUCCGAUUCUCGCGAUCCCUACGACGGGCUCGCACAUCCCUACGAAGGGCUCGCGCAGUGAUGCGCUUCCCGAUUCCCAGCGGGUCGUCGACAGUACCAUCUCUUUGGGACGACGAUAAUGUAUCUGAAAGGAGGGCGUUCUUUACUCCUGCAAGCGCAGAAGAAACCCCGCAUUCCGGUUUUCCUCAGCGACGACGCGAAUUCGGUCCUGGGUCACUCGGGCAAACCCCGGGCCGACGAGACCCAGGUCAUUCUCCACGAGUCCGACGUCGCGAGGAGGCUGAGCCGCGACCCCGACGUCUCGUCGGCCUUCCGGUUCUUCGAGUCAGUCGCGAAUGGGGGUCUCUUCCGGCACACCCGCUUCACGUACGAGGUCAUGGUGAAGAAGCUGGGCCGCGAAGGCGAGAUCGACGCCGUGCAGUACCUGCUGCAGCAGAUGAAGUUGGAAGGGAUAGGCUGCGGGGAGGAGUUGUUCGUGGAAGUGAUCGACUCGUAUCGGCGAGUUGGGUUGGUGGAGCAGGCGCUCAAGAUGUUUUAUAGGAUUAGAGAGUUCGGCUGCCAGCCGACGGUGAAGAUAUAUAAUCACCUGUUAGAUGCUUUGCUUAGUGAUGGUAGGUUUUCGAUGAUAAGUCCGGUGUAUAGUAACAUGAAGAAGGAUGGCAUGGAGCCAAAUGUGUUUACUUAUAAUAUCCUAAUUAAGGCACUGUGCAAGAAUGGUAGAGUGGAUGGUGCGCUGAAGUUGCUCGAGGAAAUGUCGAACAGGGAGUGUUUGCCGAAUUCUGUAAGUUACACGACUAUAGUUUCAUCCUUGUGUAAAGUCGGUAAGGUAGAGAAAGGGAGAGAACUUGCUAGGAAGUUUGGACCGUAUCUCUCCGUUUAUAAUGCUAUGAUUGACGGGUUUUGUAGGGAACACAGAUUCGAGGAAGCUUUUCGGUUGUUUGCCGAGAUGGUGGAUGAGAACAUUGACCCUAAUGUCAUCACUUAUACAUCAAUAAUCAGUUCUCUUUCGGACGCAGGGCAUGUUGAGCUGGCUAUGGCAAUUUUUUCUCAGAUGUCUGUAAGAGGAUGUCACCCGAAUAUUUACAGCUUUACCUCGUUAAUGAAGGGUCUUCUGUUGAGAAGGAAGAUUCAUGAAGCUCUUGAUUGGUGGGACAAGAUGAUCAGGGAAGGGUUUCUGCCCAAUAUUGUUUCCUAUAAUACGUUGUUGCAUGGUCUAUCGUCUAACGGGAGUAUGAAGGAGGCUGUACUUGUUGCUGAUCAGAUGGAGAAAAAUGGGGUUCCUCCAAACAGUACUACUUAUAGCAUUCUUAUUGAUGGUUUUGCAAAAUCUGGGAGUCUGGUAGGUGCAUCAGAGAUAUGGAAUAAGAUGAUGUUCAGUGGUUGCUGUCCCAAUGUUGUCGUUUAUACUUGUAUGGUUGAUGUCCUCUGCAAAAACAAAUUGUUUGACCAAGCAUAUUCCUUGAUAUUGAAGAUGGUUGAGGAUAAUUGCCCUCCAAACUUAGUAACAUUCAAUGUCUUCAUCGGAGGUUUAUGUGAUGGUGGAAGAAUUGAUUGGGCCAUAAAAGUGCUAGAUUUAAUGAGGAAAUAUGGGUUUUCCCCUGACAUAAUUACAUAUAAUCAGUUGAUAAAUGGUUUUCUCAAAGUAGGGAGGCUCACGGCAGCAUUUGAGAUUGCCAAAGAGAUGAAAGAAAGGGGUAUUCGGAUGACUAUUAUGACUUACAAUAUGCUUUUCUCUGGUUUCUGUCGCCAGGGUAUGCUUCAGAGUGCUUUGCAGUUUCUCGGGGAAAUGGUGGUCAGAGGGACAAACCCUGAUGCUUAUACAUAUAACAUGUUGACUCAUGCCUAUUGUAAGCAGGGCAAGUUUAAGGAGGCCAUUCGAUUAUGGGAAGCUAGCACCGAAGCUGGAGAGUGGCAACCUGACGUAACAGCAUACACGCAUCAUAUUUGGGGGAUUUGCAAUUGUUUUGGCAUGGAAGAUGCUGUCAUUUGUCUCCACAAUAUGAUAAACAAAGGGAUAUCUCCCAAUAUUGUCAUGUGGAAUCUCUUAGUUCGGAAUUUUUUUAAUGGCAUGGGUAGUUUGGGGCCCAUUCACAUUCUAGAUGAUCUCAUAGGUAAUGGAUGAGACAUGACGAUGACGAAUGCUUUGAAUUUCUCACAGAAGAUGAGCAGCCAAAUGAAUUUCAGGUUCACUGGAGAUGGAAUUUGCAUAGUGUGUCAAAUGCAGAUGUUAAGUGAGAACGUUCUGCUGCACUGAGUUGCAGAUUCUUGCAUGGCUAUCUUAUGUAACAAUGAUGUGCUGGGAGCAUUUUCUCUUUGACAUGUACAACGGCAUUAUAAAUCCUCUGAGUCACAGAUAGAAGGUAAAGGGGUCUUCCAUCAAGCUCAAGGAAUAACGAAAUCUGUGUUUUCUGGCAGCAGGCUUUCUCACCUGAUGGUGUAGCAAAAUUCCUCCUUCGUUCGGCAAUAUUGCCUCAGGCGUCUGAUAUUUCUAUGCACGUAUGCAAAGUCUGAAGUUUUUACAUCUAAUUGUUCAGAGAUCUCUUUCUUAUGUAUCAAUGUAACUGUAGAUCUUGAUAGGAAUUUACAUGAACAGUGAUGAUUCCUUUGCAUGUUGUGCCGGUUUAUGAUUGACUGCAUUUGAAGCAGCUGAUGAUGACGAUAGUAGCUUGAUAAAAAAGAUAUGAUGGUUGUUUCCAGAUAAUGAAAGUUUUCUUGUCCUCGUUUGCAUGUGCCUUGUCCUCUUUUCCAUCCAAUACUUUUGUCUUACAUUUGUAUACUUUACUGUCUUUGAUGUGUUCUAGGUGAUAAUGUAGCUUGGGAAUGAAACAUUGGUUUUCCGUCCAAUGUGCUCUUUUACGGUGUUCUAAUGCCGAAUGCUUCUAUGCCUGAUGGAAUUGCCAGGUCUUCAUCAUCAGAUGGAAAUUUCUCUGAGACCGAGUAAGAAGAUUGCGUAGUUCUUGAGAUAGGGAAUGUCCUCAGGCCACUGCAAAUAAUCAGGGGGAAAUUUUUUCAUCAGUUGUUGGAGCAUUCUCGGACAGUCUGCAUGUGAUAUUUGCAGACUGUUAUAUUGGAGACUUCAUAUACCUGGUUCUAUUGUUGCUCGUGGUAUCAUUUUAAUGCAAAUUAGUAAUAAUCUUUC